AGCGGGCACGGCAGAGCUGUAGCCCAAUGGUGGCGGUGCGCAGGCACGCUGGGGACCUGCCGGGCUCGCCGAGUUUUCCAGAAGCGUCCGGAUCUUGCCUCCUGUCCACGCUGAGCCGGCCUAGCAUUUUCUUUACAGUUUCUCAGUCUCUUCCUCAACAUGUCGGCCGUGAAGACCCUGAACCCCAAGGCCGAGGUGGCCCGAGCCCAGGCAGCUCUGGCGGUCAACAUUAGCGCGGCCCGGGGGCUGCAGGACGUGCUGAGGACCAAUCUGGGCCCGAAGGGCACCAUGAAGAUGCUUGUUUCUGGUGCUGGAGACAUCAAGCUUACGAAAGAUGGAAAUGUGCUGCUUCAUGAAAUGCAAAUUCAACACCCAACAGCCUCCUUAAUAGCAAAAGUAGCAACAGCCCAGGAUGACAUCACUGGUGAUGGUACAACUUCCAACGUCCUGAUCAUUGGCGAGCUGCUGAAACAGGCGGACCUCUACAUUUCUGAAGGUCUGCAUCCCAGAAUUAUAACAGAAGGAUUUGAAGCUGCAAAGGAAAAGGCACUUCAGUUUUUGGAACAAAUCAAAGUAAGCAAAGAGAUGGACAGAGAAACCCUAAUAGAUGUGGCCAAAACAUCUCUGCAUACUAAAGUUCAAGCUCAGCUUGCUGACGUCUUAACAGAGGCUGUAGUUGACUCCAUUUUGGCCAUUAAAAAGCAAGAUGAACCCAUUGAUCUUUUCAUGGUUGAAAUCAUGGAAAUGAAGCAUAAAUCUGAAACUGAUACAAGCCUAAUCAGAGGACUCGUUCUGGACCAUGGGGCACGGCAUCCUGAUAUGAAGAAAAGAGUGGAAGAUGCGUAUAUCCUCACAUGCAACGUGUCUUUAGAAUAUGAAAAAACAGAAGUGAACUCUGGCUUCUUUUACAAGAGUGCUGAAGAGAGAGAGAAACUUGUAAAAGCAGAAAGAAAAUUCAUCGAAGAUAGAGUUAAAAAAAUAGUGGAACUGAAAAAGAAAGUCUGUGGUGAUUCCAAUAAAGGAUUUGUUGUUAUUAAUCAAAAGGGAAUUGACCCAUUUUCCUUAGACGCCCUUGCAAAGGAAGGCAUAGUGGCUCUGCGCAGAGCGAAACGGAGAAACAUGGAGAGGCUGACACUUGCCUGUGGCGGGGUGGCUCUAAAUUCUUUAGAUGACCUAAAUCCUGACUGUUUGGGACACGCAGGACUGGUUUUUGAGUACACCUUGGGAGAAGAGAAGUUCACCUUUAUUGAGAAGUGCAAUAACCCACGCUCUGUCACACUCUUGAUCAAAGGACCAAAUAAGCACACACUCACUCAAAUCAAAGAUGCAAUACGAGAUGGUUUGAGGGCUGUCAAAAAUGCUAUCGAUGAUGGCUGUGUAGUUCCUGGGGCUGGUGCCGUGGAAGUGGCGAUGGCAGAGGCUCUGAUGAAACACAAAUCCAGCGUCAAGGGCAGGGCCCAACUGGGAGUCCAAGCAUUUGCUGAUGCGUUGCUCAUUAUCCCCAAGGUUCUUGCGCAGAACUCGGGUUUUGACCUUCAGGAAACACUAGUGAAAGUUAGAGCAGAACAUUCUGAAUCGGGUCAACUUGUGGGUGUCAACUUGAACACAGGUGAACCAAUGGUGUCAGCAGAAGCAGGCAUAUGGGAUAACUAUUGUGUAAAGAAACAGCUUCUUCAUUCCUGCACUGUAAUUGCUACCAACAUUCUCCUGGUUGAUGAGAUCAUGCGAGCUGGGAUGUCCUCUCUAAAAGGUUGA